AUGUUGGGUCAAUGUAUGGGAGCGAUGACGGCUAAAAACAAUAAUUCUUUUUUAUUGCGUGCAAGCAAUAAGAAAACCAUCAGUAUAGCGUUAAAUUCCAGGACUGGAGCUGAAGAAUGCAAAACAGCAGGGGCAAUCCGUCAAGCACUUUGGGAAUUGCGUGAUGAUGUAUUUGGCAUCCUUGCAGACACAAACUCUGCAGUUUCCAACUUAGCACCACUGUCAACGUACGAUCAACACUUUGCAUACGAGAUUCCCAUAACAAGGCUUCAUAGAAAUAAAGUAACGACAUCGUCUUGCAAGGAACUUGCGACAGCCGCUGAAUGA